AUGGCCAAACCGAAAGUUAAGAAGAAAACAAGAAAAAAUGGGUACCCGGUGGCCAUCAGAAACACCAAAAAAAGGAAGACGUUCCUCGGAUGUCCGUUAGGAUCCAAUCGCUCUUACAGGUUGCCCGGCAUUGGAUUCGUGUAUGGAAGACGGUUCAGAGACGGAGGCUACCAAUUCGUAUAUCGAAUCGUCAAGAGAUUUCUGAAGUUGAAGGGCAACGAAGAAAAGUUCGUUACUUGGCUUCGUUGCAAGACCGGCGCAACACGAUACCACGCUUACCAAUGCUACGACAGUAUUAUGAAGUGGUGUCGAGACAAUAGAUUUCUGUAG